UCAAAAGAGCGAUCACUCACACACACGCUGCACACACAGCUCGCAGGCAGACACGGGACGCACGCUGGUGUCAGAGCGGAGCAGGAGCGGAGCGCAGGGCUUGUGAAGCGGAGAGCGGCGCGGCAUGAGCGGUGUGUCAGACAGGAGAAGACCGGUCGUUUAUUUCCGUGCCUGAUUGUUUCCAGUUUGAUUUCUUGGGAAAGCUGCAUCCGACGCUCGGAGCGCGGCGGUGGGCUUCAGAUCGCUGCAGGAGAAGCGACCCCCGUGUGCGUAAAAUACGCAGGAGCGGCAGAGGAGGGAGAUACUCGGACAGACAGGGGAGCCUGAGUCGGAACUUGACGCGACCCUGGAGCCGCUGUCCAGACUCUCCACAAGAACUUUGCCCCCUCAGUGUUUCUUGGAUGAGUUUUUAGAGCAUCACUCCGAUGCUCUUGUUUCCCAGCGAAUGGUCCUGUAAUAAUAUCGGGGGUCCUUUAAUUUAAAAGGUUUCUAGAAUUUGGCUUUGACCGAAGUGGAUGUGGAUUUUUGUGUUUUUGAGCAACUGCAGCGUUUAAAUCCAACAAAGUGGAAACAGCAGACACUCAUUUUUUUUUUGUAUUUUUAUUUUAUUUUAUUUUUAAUUUUUUUGCCUGAUCCGAGAUGGAUUUUCCCACCACGCUGGUUGGAUUUUUAAUAACACUGUGUCACUUGGGAUGUGGAGUCGGAGGACAGAGCGAUUCAGCUUGUGGAGGCGUCUUGGACGCCAGCAAGCCCGGCUACAUCACCUCACCCGGUUAUCCUCUGGAGUACCCGCCUCAUCAGAACUGCCACUGGGUCAUCCAGGCGCCGGAGACCUCGCAGCGCAUCGUCCUCAACUUCAACCCUCACUUCGAGAUCGAGAGGCUCGACUGCAAGUAUGACUUCAUAGAGAUCCGCGAUGGGACCUCAGAAACCGCUGACGUUUUGGGUCGACACUGCAGCAACAUCGCCCCGCCGCCCAUCAUCUCGUCUGGACCCUCAAUCCAGAUCAGAUUCGUCUCAGAUUACGCUCAUCAGGGCGCGGGGUUCUCUCUACGCUACGAGAUCUUUAAAACAGGGUCGGAAUUCUGUUUCCGCAACUUCACCAGCCCGUCCGGCAUGAUCGAGUCCCCGGGCUUCCCGGACAAAUACCCGCACAAUCUGGAGUGCUCCUACAUGAUCAUGGCCCCGCCCCACAUGGACAUCACCCUCACCUUCCUGACAUUCGACCUGGAGAACGACCCCCUCAUGGUGGGCGAGGGCGACUGCAAGUACGACUGGCUGGAGGUGUGGGACGGCCUUCCGCAAGCGUCUCCUCUGAUUGGCCGGUACUGCGGGACAAAGAUCCCCCCGGAGAUCCAGUCGUCCUCCGGCCUGCUGUCCCUCUCCUUCCACACAGACAUGGCCGUAGCCAAAGACGGCUUCUCCGCACGCUACAACAUCACCCACAAAGAAGUGGCCGACUCAUUCCACUGUAGCAACGCGCUAGGCAUGGAGUCGGGCAAGAUCAGCGACGACCAAAUCACGGCUUCAACCAGCUUCUACGACAACCGCUGGUUGCCGCGGCAGGCCCGCCUCAACAACGACGACAAUGCCUGGACGCCUUCAGAGGACAGCAACAAGGAGUACAUACAGGUUGACCUCCACUUCCUAAAGGUGUUGACUGGGAUAGCAACACAGGGGGCCAUAUCCAAAGAGACUCAGAAGGCUUACUACGUCACCUCCUUCAAACUGGAGGUCAGCACCAACGGAGAGGACUGGAUGUUGUACCGACACGGCAAGAACCACAGGAUCUUCCACGCCAACACAGACCCAGCCGAGGUGGUCCUGAACCGCGUCCCGCAGCCGGUUUUGGCUCGCUUUGUCCGGAUCCGGCCUCAAACUUGGAAGAAUGGAAUUGCGCUGAGAUUUGAGCUCCAUGGAUGCCAGAUCACAGGCGCUCCGUGCUCGGACCUGCAGGGCUUGAUGUCCGGCCUGCUCCCUGAUGCCCAGAUCUCGGUGUCGUCCAGCAGGGACAUGAUGUGGAAUCCCAGCACGGCUCGGCUUGUGGCAAGUCGUUCGGGCUGGUUCCCCGCACCUACGCAGCCUCUGGCUGGAGAGGAGUGGCUCCAGGUGGACCUUGGUGUUCCCAAGAUCGUCCGUGGAGUCAUUACCCAGGGAGCGCGGGGAGGAGACCCAGGAAGUGGAUCUGCCACAGACAACCGUGCGUUUGUCAGGAAAUACAAAGUCGCACACAGCCUGGAUGGAAAAGAGUGGAACUUCAUCAUGGAUGUAAAGACCAGCCAACCUAAGUUAUUUGAGGGGAACACGCAAUACGACACUCCGGAGCUGCGUCAUUUUGAGGAGACGGUGGCGCAGUACAUCAGGCUGUAUCCAGAGAGGUGGUCCCCGGGAGGGAUUGGGAUGAGAGUGGAGAUCCUUGGAUGUGACCUUCCAGAAAUCAGCACUCCAACUGCGACUACAACUACGACUACGACUCCUACCCCAGAAGCCACCACAGUCCCCAACACGACUACAGCAGCCACCCCUCCUUCAUCUCUUGGCAUGUGUGACUUUGACCACGACCUGUGCGGAUGGACACAGGACCCCGGCGCCUCACUGCUCUGGUCGAGGCGGAAACAAUCGUUGAACAAUUACCUGUACCUGGACGUGAGCCUGAAGAACCUGGAGCAGCGCGCUCGCCUCGUGAGCCCGGUGGUGCCCGCCGACGCCGGACCCCUCUGCCUCCUUUUCUCCUAUCAGAUGUGGGGGGAUUCCCAGGGCAACCUGAACGUGUUUCUGCGGGACGACCAUAAUGACGAGGUCCUCCUGUGGUCGCUCCGCGACAACCACACCACAGUCUGGAAAGAAGGCCGGACCAUCGUGCCGCGCUCCCCGAAAGAAUUCCAGGUUGUGAUCGAGGGUUUCUUUCAUCACAGUACCAGAGGACACAUCUGGAUAGACAACCUCCACAUGAGUGCGAGCUCCCCUCUGAAAGAGUGCACAGAACCCUUCUCGGCGUUUUCUCCAGAAAACCCAGGGGGAGGCGUUCCUGUGCCUCCCUUGCCCAUCCACUGGUAUUACAUUAUGGCCGCCGGAGGCGCCCUGCUUUUCCUGGCGGUAGCCAUCUUGGUCAGAGCCCUCUGUUGCUGCCGACAACACCUGGCCACCAAGAAGAACCAGCUCUCCGUGGCCUAUCACAGCUCCUCACAGUGCUUCCAGUACUCUAACUGGUCCACCAGUAUGGCCACCCCAGGGGUGGAGCCAGUCCUGACAGUAAGGCUGGACAGCCGGGACCGACACCGCACCCUCUGCUAAAAACAGAAACACUUAGCUUAUUGCACCGGUUAGCCAUCUGGAUGCCAAUUUGUGAUGUCCGUGGAAAUGCUGCAAAGACCGACAGAUCCACUCCUGUUUACAGCUACUACGCUACCAUGGUGAUGGUGACACUAAGUGAAAAUUUGCAAAGAAACACUCUGCACCUUUGUUUCAUAAAGGAGUUUGCUCUUGACAUUAUCACACCACGCUGCCCCCGAUGAGAGGGACGAAGUUAUUUUUCCCGAACAGCUUGAUUCGGACCAUUUAGCAGCGUCUGGCUCCCUCGUAACCCUGACAGUCCGCCUGGAACGACCCCAGCAUGGACUCAGACAAAGACAUGUGUGCCUGUGGGUAGGUGGGAGGGGGGCAGGGAAGAGGUCGAGCCAGCCAGAGCUGCCAAACGGCAAGGCUAAAACAAGACCCAAGAGACCCAAAAAAGGGGAGAAAACUGUUAGGCUGAGACACAUUUUCUGUGCUGUAGCUGUGGAAAUGAUCUGGCAAGCCGGAAGAAAAUACUGCUCAUGGGGUCUCUGUAUUAACAACGCAGGAUAGCUGCGAUGCAACUCACGCCAACGUGGAGGGCGUUGCAGCACCGGAUGGAAAGGAAGAAAAUAUGUUUCCAUUGAUCUUUCAAACACAGCAUGUGCACAUUUAAAACCAAAAAGAAUGCAAAUCCAUCAUACUUAAAUCCCUGCAUCGCAAAACGGAGAUAACCAGCUUGUUUGAUUGAGCGGCUCAUCCUCUCCUGAUAAAGGCAUCAGUCGGUGAUGGAUGCAGCCGUCCUCAGUGUUUAGUGUUUUCAUUCUGACUCUCUGGUGUAUUAAAGCACGUUGUUCCACUCCCACUCGUGCUCCUUACCACCCACUCCGGUUGUUUCCCCCCUCACCACUCUAACCCCCCUCAUCAUGAGCUGCCCAGAUGAAAGCCUGCGCCAGACCGAGCCUUGUCGUGUUUUUCAGUGCGAAUAUGUGCUUGUUGUUUUAAGGGGGAUUGUAAAUAGACACAGCUGUCGGCCAUCACCACUUCUUACUUGAUUUAUGCUCCUACAAAUCCCACAAUGCCACAGGACCAGCUGGAGGCUGUUUUGCAGUGUAUAAGCGUAUCCUUGAAAGAAAGUUUCAGGAUAUUAUGACUUCCAGUGGACAGAUCUACAGGGUUUCUACACAAAAUACGCAUUUCCAGACUUUAUUCUCAGUCAUGUUGUCUUAUCAAUUCAUCCAUCCAUCCCACGUUUAAAUUUGACCUUUGUAGAAAUGUCCGUCAUAAAUUUAUAGUUCAGUUUUUUUAGUUAAACAUUAAAAAUAACUUAAAACUCAGAUGGGAAAAGUCCUGAAUUUUGACAUGAAAGACAUGUAGGAACCCUUGACCCAGCUAUUAUGCUUGAUUUCUUUUGUGCCAUAAGACGCUAUCAAAGACUGCAGAUGCACUUUCUCCUGGUAGUUAACAGUCCUAUAUGUUUUCAAAUUGAAACAGCUAAUUCAAAUGUCAUUAAGUUCUGCAGAGGGCUUCCCAUACAUUUACAUUUAUGGACUCCGGCUUUGGAUGCCACUGGCUUAACACAACAAUAAUAAAACAAAUAUUGUUUAUUAGCAAUUUUGCAAAAAAUGUGCCCGACUGGCACCAAUUUUCCCCCCAUCAGUUGCUCCAGAGCUGAUAGGCUUUGACCUACGCUCAGAUGGUUUGAAUGAAAUUGAAGCGUUUGCUCUGCAGCUUAAUGGGGUAUUGCACUCUGGGUCUGUCAAAACUGCAAAAACCCAUCACCUUCUAUCCACACCUCAGCAGAAUACACCUCAGUCUGUUGACAAAACUACAAAGGUGCACUUUUUAUUCCUCCGCUGUGGAGGAAAACUGUUUUUGGCACACUCUCACAUUGUGCUUUUAAAUCAACUUGAGUAGAGAAGGACUGGACACCUUACUCAAUCUAUCCCAACACCAUUACCCACCAAGCUUCUAAUAGCAGUAAUUAGUUAAUGGAUGGAUAACAUUUAUUAAGGCUGCGGUAAGCACUUUUUCCUCCCAUCUGCUGCGCCUCCGUCGCCCGGUUCGUUGCCAACCUCCGUUGUCCUGGCAACCGUGUUAAUAAUGCCAUCGGCCAUCAAAGACCUCUAGAUCUAGUCGUAUCCCUUGCCAAGCAGCUACUCCCACUCCUGAACACUCGCCAAGAGCAGCAAACACAGACAGACACAAAGAAACAAAGUUAAAACUCAACCAAAGUGCUGCUUCUAUUAGUAGUUUACUCAUGUUCUAAUUCAGACAUUGGCAUCAGGUCUAAGUUCAGGCCACCUGCCAUGUCAACGAGUAUGGCAGGCAUAAGCACUACUUUGUUGAUUGUAAACGUUGCCAAUUUUUUUCUUUCUUUAAUCGUCAAAUGCACUGCUCUUAACCUUGACAGCAAUGAUUUCAACAUUGAUAUUGUGUUUUGACUUGUCCUGGCACAGAAUGAGCAGUCUUAUACAAUCUUUAUCAAAUGUGAUGACUGUGUGUUUGACAGGAAUGUAUCUUAAUGAACUUUCUCUAUAAAUAAAGUCAUAUUUUUCUAUUUUAAAAGCA